UUAAACAUUAUGAUUCGCUUGGUGUUCGAAGGAAGUUAAGGUCCCAGUUACGCAAGGACCGGUCUAACGCCGUGGAGGCGUGGCGAUUAUUCUCCACUGUCGGGAAACCCGCGACAAGGACAUUACAGGAUGGCAGCGCACAAACGGAGGAGCCGCAUCAGGAGCCCUGUAUCUCAGCAACAAGUAUCCUUGCUGGAGAUGAAGUUGACAAAGGUGACACAGAUGAGGUCCCCGUGCAGAACAUACAAUACCAGAGUGUCAAGACGUCCCUUCAGCAAGUGUUCGCCUAUGCGUACUCCCAGUUCCUGUCCAGCCCAGAGGUUCCAGAGCCCAUGGACAAACAGCCUAUUUAUAAAGCCUUGUGGUUGGAGCUCGAUCUGGCCACUGACCGCAUCAUGGAGACUGUCUGUGCCCUGGACAUCGCUGCUGUCAGCACUGGUUGCAUUCACAUCUUCACCGAGCAUCUUCACCAGAUGAAGGAAGCAAGGAGGGAGCUGUUGUUCAGCUCUUGGGAGAAUGAGGUGGCUUUCCUCAGGUUGUGUUCUGAAGCUCUGGUGCAGAACUUCCUCCCUGAAUCCACAUGGAAGCUGGACCUCUAUAGAAGUAUCUUGAAGGAGAUCGUAGCCUUCAAAGUGCUGCUGCAGCUGGUGACAUUGCUCUCAGACCCGGUCACGCUGAACCAACUGGUGGUUCGUUAUCUGGAUGCUGCGUCUCCCUGCAGCUCCACAGAGGAGCCCAAGGAUGAGAGGACAGCAGCGGUACAGCCAGAAGAUGACAGAGGAAUCCGGACCAGAGAUUCCACAGGAACCGCAGACGACAGUGACAAUAAAGCUAGAGGAAAAACGAUCAAGGCAUCUCCUGGGAAGAAACUAAAGAGGUUCCUUGGGAGGCUAUUUAAGAGAACCAAAAAACUCAAGGGAGAAAACAACGAGGCAGAGACUGGGCCAAGCUUCCGGGCCCUAGAGCUUCAGAAUCUGUCGGAUGAAGAGGAUGAUGACAGCUUGUGCAGCUCCUUCAGCGAGGACUCUUCUCAUCUCAGCAGUGACCAGGAGAAUAUGAUGCACAACCUGCUGAAUGAGCUGUGGAGAGAUGGUCGAUGGACGGUCACUGUCCCACAAGUGGAGGAGUGCGACAGGGAAUUGAUGUUCACCGUACACCUGGUGGAUCAAAACAGUCCCGAGGACCUUCAUUGGGACGUCAUAAUGUCAGAGAAGCAGCUCCAGGUCCUUAAGGUUCUGCAGGACUCAACGCAUCGGCUCCCCCUACCUGACGUGUUGGGAAGCACAGAUAGAAUCUUGGAUGACAAGUUCAAAGAGGAGGCCAGAGCCAAACUGGAGAAUUUCCUACAAAGUGAGGUUGGCCAGAGUCAGGAAGUCUUCCACGUGCUCUUCAGCCCGUUCUGCGACAGCCUGUGUGAUCUGCUGGACAAGCUGCCUUUCUGCUUCAGUUCCACCCUGGAUGAUGAGGAGAGUGUCACUCACAUGAAGGCAGACCAAGAUGAGCACAGGAGACAACCUGGGGGAAGCCCUGAGCCCCCCACAGAAUCCACGGGGACCUGCGAAGAUGAAGGCCUGUGGAAAGUCUACGAAUGUGCCAAGAAAGUACUGAAUAUGGACCCCUCCAUAACCAGAUCAGACACCUCCAGCAAUCAGUUUAUACAUGACUCCUCUGGUUUGGCCUGCAGUCUGGACCAGCUAGCAAAACAGAGCACAAGUGAGCCAAGAGGACCAGGCAAAGAGCAGCCACCUGACCCGUCUGCUAACUGGGGCACUGACCAGCCCACCGACCAGCUUGCCAACCGGGACCGGCCUGCUAAGCAGGGCACUGACCAGCCCACCGACCAGCUUGCCAAACAGGACCGGCCUGCUAAGCGGGGCACUGACCAGCCCACCGACCAGCUUGCCAACCGGGACUGGCCUGCUAAGCAGGGCACUGACCAGCCCACCGACCAUCUUGCCAACAGGGACCGGCCUGCUAAGCAGGGCACUGACCAGCCCACAGACCAGCUUGCCAACCGGGACCGGCCUGCUAAGCAGGGCACUGACCAGCCCACAGACCAGCUUGCCAACCGGGACCGGCCUGCUCAGCGGGGCACUGACCAGCCCACAAACCAACCUGCCGAUGGGGGCACAGACCAGUGCACAGAGGAGCCCGCUGUACUGCCCACGCCGUUACUAUGCUCUCUGAGUCAGGGUGAGGGCAGCAAGACUAAUGAAAAGAGAAACCCAUCAGCCGACGUGUCAGUGGGCGUCCAUGGGAAAGAAGCUAAGGAGCAGAGGCCCGAGCGGGAGGAAAAGGCAGCCUCACAUCGCAGCAGUGUGGACGAGCUAAUGAAAGCUCUCAUGGAUCUGCUGCAGGAGAUUUUCAGCAGUUCCUGGUGUAAAUUGACCCUGAAAACCUUAUCGAAAAUGUUUCGGCCACUGGUGCUGAAGGAAUUGACCAGCGUCUUAGACAACCUGAAACUCUCAGACACCCAGGUGGCAUCUCACCUUGACAGCCUGCGGGAGACACUGUGGCCCAAGGGGGUACCAGCAGUCUGGGGAUCCCCACCAACCAGCCAGGAGAAAAACAAGACGAAGGAGAAGGCCUGCAGUCUGCUUAUGGCCAAAUCCACGUGGAUCUUGAAGAGCUACGUGAAAUCUACAUUCGAAGUCCUCCAGGAUGCUCAGGAGAACAAGAAGCUGGUGUAUAAGCUGCUGUCACUCCUGCUGAAAAAGCUGUUUCCCAGCGACGGAGAGUUACAUUCAAAGGCUGAAGAACUGCUUAAGAGUCCUCAGUGAGUGGAAGAGCUACGAAAGAGCAGACAACACGGACUUUAACUGUAACGUUUCAGGACUAAAUCUGAGCAACAAGAUACAACAAAGUGCUCCCAGAGAAAAUCUGUACCGAUGUAAAUGUAGAGCUGUUUGUUGUGAAACCCGUUCAUGUGUGAUAGGUCACGAUGUAUGAUUUUGGCCACAGAAUAGGAAACAUUUAAUAUAUACACAGGCAGCUCUGGACUUGGUUAAACCCAUUCAUGUAAAUCUGGACUUAGUUUGUGGAAGCGCUAAGGCAAAAAAGCAAUAUGAAAAUAUAUUUUAUUUUUUAAUUAAUGUGCACUCUUUAGUAUGUAUUACCAGUAUAUUUUAGCUUAUGUGUUUUUUGCUAUAAGGUUUCUUGAGUGGUUUGGGAAGGUAAAUCGACUUAUGGAAGAGUUUGUGAAAUGGAUUACUUCCAAGAGUCGAGAACUUCCUGUAUAUGAAACUGUGAUUAUUUUAGCUGUGCCUUUAUAAAAAUAUCAGAAUGUUAGUUUCUAACCAAAGCAAGUGACAUUGCAAGACUGUUCAUCUGUGCCAUCAUUACUCAGGUCAGACGUUUUGUAAUCCUUUGUGAUCUGUAUAUUUUUGACAGAAUAUUUAUGCCUUUUAAUGCUUCUUUGAGCAGGGAUAAUUUACUGUAGUAAAUUGCAUUUUUGGGAGCUGUAAUUCCAAGUGAACAGUUUCAGGAGUCCACUGGGGGACACUUUGUCCCUGCAUCAGGAGUGAAUGAAAUUAAUUAAAUGAUUUUCAGGGUUGUGUAAAAUUGUAAAUCCUACAAUCCCCAGGAUUGUAAAUGUGAAUCCUUUGUCUGUCUGUCUGUGAAGUUUGCAUAUUUCCCUGUUGUGUAGAUUUCCUCCUGCAGUCCAAAGACCUAAAGUUAGGCUUUGUGCCCUGUGCUGGACUGGCAUCUUAUCUGAUGUCAUCCUACCCCAGCCUUGUACUGUGCAGGGUGGCCAACUUUGCUCAGCUGGUUGGUGUGAGAUUCGAGACAAGUCUGCAACAGACAUGCAUUUACACGUAUGUAAGUUUUAUUACCCUGUAGAGUUUGCAAACUACCCCAGUACAUGUGAUGUAGCAAAUUUUAGGUUUAUAAUGUAAUAAUAUAGAUUUGCCGUAAGAUUUCUUGGGUGAGUGUGAGAGUCUGAAAGUGACUGUCACACCAGAUGCGUGAGAGCAGGCAGCCUGACCCUGUGCUGCUUGGAAUAGGAUCCAUAAUAAGUGGUUGUAAGAUGGAAAGGUGGAUAUUUAAGUUGGUACAUUAAAAUCAGGUUUGCGUGGCUUAUGUUCAAUAAAAUGUUACAAAUCUACAA